AACAACUGUGAACGGUUCGUAGUUUGCUAGGUUCCUAAUUGUGAGUAUGACAGAAUCUUUAAAGAGUAAUAUGUUAGAAAUUACUUCUCGGACAAUUCAAGAAGUAAGAAAGGAGUAUAAUUUGGAUAAGCCAGGAAUGAUGGACCAAGCUAUUGAUAUUUUGCACAAUUGGAUUCAAAAACAGGACCAUCUCGUGAAGAAGGAUUUUUGUAGAGAUUAUCUGGAACGUAUCAUCAUUUCUACGAAAGGAUCUGUCGAAAAAGCGAAAAAAAGGAUAGAUAAAGUCUGCACCAUGCGGACUAUGGUGCCUAACUUGUUCGAAAAAAUCCACGCGAAAAAUGACUUCCCACAUUUACAGGAUUUUUACAUAAAUCUGAAUAUACCAAAAAUAACAGAGGAUAACUAUAGAAUAUUCAUUGCAAAAAUCGGCAACAAACCGCUUUCGCCAUCUGUGUAUUUGCAGGCGUACCAGUUGUCUGUUCUUUUUUGUGAAUAUAUGAAACUUUACGAUUAUACACUUGGUUACCACGUGAUAUACGAUAUGAGAGAUGCCAAUAUUUUGGAUGUCGUCACUAAGAUGGACUUGGUUGAUCUCCGCAAUGUCGUGUCAUUUUACACGGACGGCUACGGUUUUAGAAUAAAAGGCGUGUAUAUAUUAUCUAAUUCAUCUAUCAUCGGUACUUUUGUCGACGUGUUGAAACAGCUCGUCAGUGCUAAAAUCGGCCAAAGAAUUUGUGUUUGCAAGACUAUGGAAGAAUUGUACGAACGCGUACCAAAACAUUUGCUACCUGAAGACUAUGGAGGUGAACAGAAAUCAGUUUUGACACUUUAUGAUGAAUGGAUAGAAGAAAUAUCACAAGACAAGUUUGUGGAAUACCUAAAGGAAAUGAGAGGAGCAUGCACGAACGAGAAAUUACGACGUCCAGACAAAUUCAACGAUGAUUACCUUGGCAUGCCCGGCUCAUUUAAGAUGCUUCAUGUUGAUUAGACUUAAUGAAUAAAUA